AUGUCGUCCGCGUUGAACAUGCGGGCUGACUCGUCCAUGCAAUCUGUCGGCACUCAUCUCGAUCUGUCACUAGGCUCGCUCGCAUCUGGCUUCUCCACUCCAGCCAAAUCCCUGCGGAUCCCGUCUACAUCUUCAGGGACGACAGCCCCCUCCACAGCCCCCUUGACGACACCAUCGCCGCCAACCUACUUCCGACGACCCACGAGCGAGGUCACGCCUGUGGCCCGACGACUUGGGCUCUCGGGACACGACGAGGAUGGAGAGGACCCAGAGGUUGAUAUCUUGAACACCGUGGUGCGCGACAAGAAGUGGGACGAAGGUGCUGAUACUCCAUUGAAUGGCCGCUCGAAACGCGCGCGGACAAGUGCCGCAGGCGCGAAGAGCGUCAACUUGACCCUCCGAGACCAGGAAAAGGUGCGUGUGUUGGUUCAUUGCGGCAUGCUCUGGGGUGGAACGGUUGCUUGUCUUGUGGGCUGGAGCACUGCUGGGAGGUCCACGGUCAAUGGCUCGAGCACUGUCAAAUGCUAUACCGAUGCGCUAUGCGCUCACAACCAUGAACCCAGCAAGUCAUGGUAUGUUGGCUUUCGGAGCAUUCCAUCGCUCCAGCUCAUGUUCUCAUUAUGUCGCCGGACUCCCCUCUGUUUUACGCUUCAUCUUUGUCCAUGUCCUGAUUGA